UUAUACGGAUCUAGACGUGAACGUAAGUUUUACAAUAGAAAAUAUUGUUACACCAAGGUAAUUUGCCGGGGAGUAGUGCUGGAAUUAGACAGAGCAAACGUUUGGUGACGAUUAAGAGGUACUCUGUAGCUACUGAUUGUACAGAUAAACAAUGGAGCAUAAAGAAGGGUUUGAAGAUAUGGUGGUGAACACCACCAAUACACUACCAGUUACCAUGACGGCUGAACUACCUGAGAUCAAGUUGUUCGGGCGUUGGAACUGUGACGAUGUGCAAGUGAAUGACAUGUCCUUGCAAGAUUACAUUGCUGUUAAGGAGAAGAACGCCAAGUUCCACCUUCCACAUUCAGCUAAACGUUAUGCAGCUAAACGCUUCAGGAAAGCCCAGUGUCCUAUUGUGGAACGUCUUACAAACUCUCUCAUGAUGCACGGUAGAAAUAAUGGAAAGAAAUUAAUGGCUGUGCGAAUUGUGAAGCAUGCCUUUGAGAUUAUCCACCUUCUCACUGGUGAGAAUCCUCUACAGGUUCUCGUCACAACUCAGGUCAUCAUCAACUCAGGUCCAAGGGAAGACUCUAUACGUAUUGGUCGCGCUGGUACUGUAAGAAGGCAAGCCGUGGACGUGUCCCCAUUACGACGUGUUAACCAGGCUAUUUGGCUGUUGUGCACUGGCGCGAGGGAAACUGCGUUCCGUAACAUCAAGACUAUUGGCGAAUGCUUAGCCGAUGAACUUAUCGAUGCGGCCAAAGGUUCAUCAAAUUCGUAUGCGAUCAAGAAGAAGGACGAGUUAGGACGUGUUGCUAAGUCCAACCUAUAAACAUUCUUUAUAUGAAAAGAACAUAAAUAAACAAUUUAUCUUUAAAUUAU